AUGAAGGAAGAAGAAGACGAAGAAGAAGAAGAAGAAGAAGAAGCGAACGAUUUGUGUAACUUCGUUCAAAAAAAGUUAGAAUGCGUGGAUAAUUCAACGAAUAAUUGCAAUGAACGAGAUAAAGCAUUGGCUGUGAUAUCGAAAACGACAAAUGAAAAUUUCGAUGAUAAAACAUUAGUCACUACAAUGGAAACAACAAAUGAAGUUGAAAUAUUAGAUCAUCGAGGAUGUCAUAUCGCUAUGGAAACAGAGACUCCAUCGGAUGAUGAAGAUACUUACCAGCGAAAACUUCAUGCCCUUGCGAAUCCACCUAGUCAAGCACAUGUUAAAAUUGAAUGUUGUGAAUGUAAAAGGGGUGUAACUGCUUGUCGAUAUGCAUAUCAUCUAGAAAAAUGUAUUGGUAAUGGCAGAGCUAGUUCAAGGAUAGCACGUAGAAAACUCGAAAUUAGUUCCGCCUCAAUAGUAAAAGAGUCCUCAGUUCGUUCAAAGGAUUCUUCAGAUACUACAGUGGAAGUGGAUGGUUCCGAUGAAGAUUCUCGACACACUACGCAAGAUGAUGAUGAAGAUUGGAGAAGUCCUCGUAAGCUUCGUCGUAGUCGCAGUCGUAAAGCAAAACAGAGAAGAUUAAAGAUAGAUUGA